AGUACCCAGCUUGUGGAGGCUUUUAUUUCAAGGAUUAAAGAAGUCCAACCUAUUAUUAAUGGUAUCGUAGAUGAAAGAUUCAUUGAUUCACUAGAAGAUGCAAAAAAAGUUGAUGAGUUUGUUAACUCUGGUCAAUAUACAGAGAAAGAAAUGGAAGAAAAAAUGCCUUUCUUAGGAAUACCCUUUACAACCAAAGAUUGUAUUGGAGUGAAAGGAAUGUUACAGACUGCAGGCUUGGUGUCAAAAAAGGGCACAAAAGCUGUAAAAGAUGCUGAUGUAAUUGUUUUGCUUCGUGAAGCUGGUGCCAUACCCUUAGCCAUUACAAAUGUGAGUGAGCUGUGUAUGUGGUGGGAAGCAAGUAACAACUUGUAUGGACGAAGCAAUAAUCCUUACAAUACUACUAGAAUUGUUGGUGGUAGUAGUGGGGGAGAAGGUUGUCUACUGGCAUCUGCUGGGUCUGUUAUUGGGAUUGGUUCUGACAUUGGUGGAAGUAUUCGUAUUCCAUCUUUCAUUAAUGGUAUCUUUGGUCACAAAAGUUCCACAGGAAUUGUUUCAAAUCAAGGAGAAUACCCAUCAGCUGAGAAAGAACUUGACAGCUUUCUUUCUACAGGACCUAUGUGUCGUUAUGCUUGUGAUCUUCUUCCUUUGUUUAAAGUGCUGGCUGGAAAAAAUGCUUCAAAGUUGAAACUGGAUACUAAGGUAAAUAUAAGGUAUCUUAAAGUAUAUUACAUGGAAGAUGAUGGAGGAAAUCCAUGUGUUACACAAGUUUGUACAGAAAUGAAGAUGGCUAUGAAAAAGGUUAUUACACAUUUAGAAAACAUGUAUGGUAUCAAGUCACAGAAAAUUCAUUUGUCCAAGAUGAAAUACUCAUUUUAUAUAUGGGCUCACAAGAUGGCUUCAGUAGAUGCACCAAGUUUUAGCUCGGAGAUGCUUGAAAGAAAGGGAGAGUUGAAUGGAUUGCUAGAGUUGCUAAAGUGGAUGUGUAUGUUAUCUAAGCACACACUACCUGCUAUUGGUUUGAGCAUAUUUGAAAAAUUAUGUUCAGCUGUGGGUUCUGAAGAAAGAUCUCAAUUUGUCAAUAUGUGUACUGAUCUUCAAUGUGAGUUCCAAGAGCUUCUCGGGGAUGAAGGCAUAUUUCUCUAUCCCCCACAUCCAGAGCCAGCAUUAUUUCAUCACCAAACUAUAUUUAAAACAUAUUCUAUAGGUUACACAGCAAUAUUUAAUGUUCUUGGCUUACCUGUAACUCAAUGUCCUCUAGGACUCAGUAAAGAUGGGCUCCCUUUGGGUAUCCAGGUAGUUGCUGGAAAAAAUAAUGACCAUCUAACGCUUGCUUUGGCUGUGGAGUUAGAGAAGAUGUUUGGAGGUUGGGUUUGUCCAAGUCCCAUACUGUAGAUUUUAUUUGCUGUCAAUUAAUGCAGACUUACAUAAUAUUCCUUAGGCUAUAAGAUAUGAAGUAUUUCUAAAUAUACUGAAGGUUAUUACAGCCUUGACUGAAGUAUCCUUGUAGCUAAGUAUUAGAAACUUUUUCUUUAUGAAUUUCACAUACAGCUUUGUUUUCUCAUAGAAAUUUAAAAAAAAAGAAAACAACUUUUCUAGGAAUAUAUUUAACAAAGUGAAAUAAGUAAAUGGCUUUAAAUGAACUUUUUUUUUUCCCAUAUAAAAAUUUCUUUAUUGCACAUUCUUAAUACAGUAUA